AUGCACCCAGGAAACCCGGAGGUUGUGGGACCCUCAUCCCUCGCCGCCGUGCCCCAGACGGUGGCUUCUGGGGGAACGGAGCCCAUCGCCCCCCAGCAGUCCAGGAUGGAGAACUUCAGGAAGGUCAAGACGUCGGAGGAAGAAAGCCCGCUGCCCUUCGCGGGCCUCCCCUCGGACGUGAUUGAGAUGAAGGUGAAGGAGGGCAGCAAGAUCCGGAACUUGAUGGGCUUCGCCAUGGGCAGGGUGGCGCGGGAGGACACCCGGCAGAUCGUCUUCAGCGGCUGCGGCCGGGCUGUCACCAAGACCAUCACCUGCGUGGAGAUCAUGAAGAGGAAAGUGGGCGGCCUCCACCAGGUCACCAAAGUGCAAUACAGGACUCUCCUGGAGGUCUGGGAGAACAAGGCAGCCCGGCCCGAGGGGGGCCCCGCAGAACAUCUCACCGUCCACAAGAACGUGCCCUCCAUCUGCAUCCUGCUCUCCAAGGACCCCCUGGAUCCCAGCCAGAUGGGCUAUCAGCCCCCGGAUCUCCCCGGUGGCCUGUGGGUGGGCGAGGGGGGCAGCCAAGAGGACAGGUCCAGCCCUGCCCCGAAGGGAAAGAAGAGGAGGCUGGCGCUGCCCCACGAGGAGGACCCGCGGAACAAGAAGGCUCAGGUACCGGAGAUCCAGAGCGACUCGGGGGCCCUGGAGGGUUGUGGACACGGACGGCAUUGCUGCCCUACUUGCCUUGAGCAAUUGUGA